AUGGUCAAGUCUGGGAUCAUCUCCCUUCUGGGCAGUUUGGCCCUUCCAGUUAUUGCCUUUCGCGAUCUGGAGCAGAUGCCCGAAUCUUGGUGUGUGACCUACCUAUCGACCUACCUCGUUCCCAUUUCAGCUGCCACAAGCUCGCCUGCUGAGAGUUCACUGCCUGGUAUCGACUCUUCUACGAGCCUGGAUAUCUCCGUCACUCUGAAUCCCUCAUCAUCCCUUUCCCUCUCACCAGGUGUUACCUCCUCGGUAGUGACUACAGAGGUCGAGACAACUCCUCCUUCGUCCACUACAGGUCCCAGCACUCUUGACGGGCAAGUAGUCUUCCGUGUUGUUCCUAAUACCCCAGACAACAAUCGACUGCGUAGGCGAGAUCUGGGAGGGUUCAUCGGCUCCCCGUCAGAGAUUUGUGACAAUGCAAAUGUCUUCAACUUGCUUGAUGGGCAGCUCUUAGAAGGCAAUGUCCCCAUCUACUUCAACGGAGAGGACUACAAGGUGUUUGGCGGCCAGCAGGGGCCUGUUCCUAGUGGUGCCAUCACUAGAACAUUCUUCCGGGAUGGGGACAUCCUUCGCUUUCAAAGCUCACGGAUCAUUCCAAAUGGUGAAGCCGGCUUCUGUCAAACCCCAUCAGAUGGUGUAGUUUAUAUCACCUUUUCUUCGCAGCCUCCUGGUUGCAUCGCAGUCCAGCUCUCCGCUAUUGGAGUUCAACAAUGUGUAAAUGGAGACGUAACUUCGAGUGUCGCAGCUACAAGCGAGGCUCAACAGUUCACAUCUGCAUCAUCCCUCGGCCCAAUCAUCUCCAUCCCUUCGUCCUCUGACGAACUUCCUCCGGGAGUCUCAACCAUCGAGACAGAAAGUAAACCUCUAGUGGUAACAACAGAGCCAAACGGGGCUGUAACGACACAGAAUCCUAUUACACAGCCCAUCCCAUCGAGCACAUUCAGAUGGUCAAACAUGUCAUCUUCUUUUCAACCACCACCAGAGACCUCAAAGUCCUCUAUCGUUCCCUUUAGCACUUUUAUUUUCACGUCAGAUUCAAGCACCUUUGUAGACGUAAUUUCCAGCACGGAAAUCGUUGAACCAGAGUCCUCCACUGCCCAAGAGCUCACCUCAAGCACCGCAGAUUUCCCAGCUUCUGAGAUUGGCACAACGACAGAGGAAGCCAGCACCACGGCUGAAGCCACAACAAGCGCUGCUGAAGAAACAACGACAGAAACUUCCAUCGUUGAGACUACAGUAAACCUCACUACGGAGGAGUCAACCACUAUCUCGACCACCCAGGAGACAACAGAUACUACUACUACUACUACUACUACCGAGGUUUUGACAACCGAGAGUACAACUCAGCAGACAUCAGGAACCACUUCACAAGAGACAACUACAGAAAUCAGCACUUCAGAGGAGUCAACAACUGAGACUACUUCACAGGAGUCGACAACUGAGACUACUUCAAAAGAGUCAACAUCAGAAACCACGUCAGAGGAGACAACAGCAGAAUCGACCACUGAGGGAUCAACAAUAGAAACCACUACACAGGAGACAACAACAGACGCUACCACAGAGGAAUCAACGACCGAGGACCCCACCACCACCACUUUCACAUCUACUCUCGACUCAACAACUGAAACCACCACUGAAGCAGCCACAACAACCACCACAGCAGCUUCGCAGGAUAUCAUAUGCCCCUCAAGUCCUCAGCAGUGUAUCGACACCUUCCAGAUUCAGUGCGACACUGUUCUUGGAGGUAUCCCUCUGACCGACGGCAGCAGCACAUUGGAGGAAUGUUCUCAGGCUUGUUUUAACGAUCCCAACUGCGCCCUCUUUACUCAUGCUGGAACUCAAUGUUUCUCAUCAACUAACCCCUCAGCCAACCAAGGCUCAUUUGCAAUUCCAGGCUGGCUACCUUCACUAAACCUUUUCUUGCAACCUCUGAGUUGGGUCAAAGGCAACAACAUCUGCGCAGACCUUUCCGAUAUCUGUCCCGAUGGCAAAUGCUUCAUGGCAUUCCAAGCCCUCAUGACUGGCACCGACAGCAGAACGCCUGCCAAGAUGGUAGCCUGUCCUACGGAUGAUUGCUCCUCGGAUUGCCAGACUUGGGAUGUCGAGUCGCAGAGCAACAGCAUUAAUGUUGACUGUGCUGAGUUUACUGGCCAGCAUUACUUCUACUUGGGCAUCGCCAACACCAACAGGGGAUUAAUUUCGUGCAAAUACCCAUCGGUGAAGCGAGAAAGCCACUUCACCGAGAGAGGCUAUGUUGUGUGCUUGGUCGAUAACAAUGCCAUCGGUCGCAGCGCUGAGAACGCUAUCGCUAGCUUCCCCAUGGCAGCAGGUUCAGCUACCGAGACUGUCAUGAAGCUAAGCUGCAUACUCAGUGGCCUGAAGUCGCUGAUUCCUCUUACUACCAACUUCUUCGGCCAAAAGAACGCUCUCCGCGCUGGUGGUUGUGAGCUGCUCUCGCUUCUUGGAGAGAAGGCUUUCCUCAUCUCCCAUUCGCUGGGUAGCAGGAACCCUCUUCUGCUUUUCAACGAUUGCCCUGGAUACAUCGCGGGCAGCAUCAGUCUUGAAGCUGCUACUUCGCCUUUUUGGCCUUAUGCUGAGGGACUAGGUGGAUAUGCUGGCUCGCCUUGGGGUUUGACAAACACGCCUGUGACUUACGACCCUCCAGUCAGCAACCCAUCCGAACUUGAAAGUGAGUCCGUUGGUAAGGAGACUCUCGCUCACCGCAACUGUUAUCUUCGAGUCGAGCCCGCUCACAAGCUUCCUCAGGUCAACAAAGUUCCCCACGUGCUCCUGACUGGUGAAGCUUCCGUUCACAUCACUUACGAUCACUAUGUUAUCGGCUUUCUCAAGCAGGCUGGUGGCAAGCCUGAGUGGAUCAAGUUGGGUGACUGGGGCAACGGCCAUUUCUUAAGAACAACGUCCAAAUUGCUGUUGGAACUUCUAUAG